UUUAAGUUGUUGUUGUAUUUGUUUUUCUGCAGCAUUUGGCGAUGCAGUAGUGAAUCACGCUACAACUUUAUUUGUCAAUCAUGGAGAGUCUGCCAGAAUAAGAUGCAACUACAGCCGAACGGAUGACACAGAAAGCAUGACAGUGGAUCUGGAAACAUUAAAUCAUGCACUGUGUUCGUAUUACUUACAUGAGAAUACAUGGAAAAAACGAAACUGUAAAGAGCCCAUCAAAUUCACAUGGAUUCCAGAGACUAAGGAAAUAUCAUUUGAGCUCUUAAAUCUUCAAAUUCAGGAUACCGGCACAUACACCUGUACUGUGAGGAGGAUUGUAAAACCACCUGAAGUGGAUCUGGGAUUUCAAAAAGUUCAAGUUAUUGUGCGUCCCGCCUUGUCUCUGUCCUGUGUGAAGAGGCCUGAUGGAUCAACCUUGAUUCUGUGCUCUGUUGAAUUUUACAAUGAUCCUCUUGAACAGUUUUGGAUCAGAGACGGAGACUUUCUCAACAGCUCGUUCUCAAAUAAAUCAUUCAACGGAUUCUUCAGUCAAUCAUACCUUAUACUGCCACCACAGACCUUCAAUGAUACAGUAUACUCCUGCUGGUUAAACCACUCCUCCUUAAACAAACCACUCAUGGUCAAUUUAUCAAGCUCU